AUGAUUUUGCUGUUACCAAAAGCUGCCCAUGAACAAGUAAGAAAAACCAAAUCUAAGUCCGAAAUUGUAUCAUCUACCCCUUACAAAGACAAUCUUUUAGAAGAAAUCGAAGAUAAGCUUAAAGAAGUUGUAAAGAAGAAAGGCGGAAAAAUAAAAGUUUUCAGUGAUCCAGAAAAAAAUGCUCAGACUGGACUAGUACAGAAGAAAAGAAAAGCUGACAAUAAAAAAGACGAUACGAUAUGUCCUGGUUGUUCUGUACACUAUUCUACAUCGGAUUGGAUUAUGUGUCAUUUGUGUCAAAUAUGGUGGCAUGAGGACUGCUCAAAUAAGUGGUACAUUUUGUUGUGA